AUACAUGGCUAUAUGGCUAUACGAAUAAGAUGUGCAAGUGUAAAGAUCAUAGACAACGUUGGUUAAAUUCCCGUCUUCUUGCGCUAUUUCGAGUGCCACAUUUCCCGACAGAGAUUUGGAUCGAUUUAUUGCUUUAGCAUCGGCUACAGCCAUGGCUUCGUCGGCACCACCAGAGUCGUCCUCCACCGUCCAAAAUGCAAGGAAGCCGCUUGGAUUUAUGAAAAACGCAGUGAAAUACAAACACAACUUCAUUCAGUUCUUCGCGAUGACCGGGAUUUUGCUUUUGAGCGUCCGAUCUUUGGGCCAGAAGUACCGCAUCCACGACCUCCAGGAGGAUACAGCAGCUCUCAAGCAAGAGCAACAAUCUCUUAAUGAUCGGAUGAGCAACAUAAAACGUGGCCUCCUCCACGAGGCCUCUCUCGAGCCCUCUGGACGCUUUGCCUCACGCCUCCGCCUCCUCUUUGGUGACGAUAAUUAGACUCUUCUGAUCCUACUGUCUAGUAUUUUCCUUGAUAAUAUCAUAUCUUUAGUGUCUCCACCUCACGUCAAGAGAAUGCACUGAAAUUUUAGGUUUUUAAAUUUUGCACUUUUGCUCUUUGCGUAAUAAUAUAUAUUUAGAAUUUUCCUGAAUCAUUUCAAAGAAAGUAAUCGUUCUUGAAUUUGCGAAA